ACGCUGCUUGCGGACGAGGAGCUGGUGGAUGCCAUUCACGCGGAGAGAGCGGUCUUUGGGGGCACGAGCUCGGGCGUAAUGGUCGCCUCGUACGCCGCAGCCGUGCUGGCCGGCUGCGGCACAGUCGACGACUGGUACCGCGCUCUUCGCAAGGGCUACGAGACGGUCGCGAAUCGCUCCACGCUGGCGAUGCUUCAGGAGCUCGACGCAGCGGCGCGUGCCCACCAUGGGAGGUGUCGGGUGGAGCGACCAGACUGGCUACGCGAGUACCUCGGCCCGUGUCUGUGACGGAAGUCGGCACGCUGCGGCCGCGCUUCUUCACUCGUUCGACGGUGAGGACGACUUUGCGGCCGCGAUGACCGCCUCAUCGUACGUGCCGGGGCUGAUGGGGCUGCGUCCCUGGCUGCGCGUGCGCGGCGCCGCCGCCUUUGACGGCUACCUGAGCCUGUGGAGGACCUGGCUGCCUCAAAACUACCUGUACAUCGGCUUCCUGCCGACGCUGCCGGUCCAUCGGAUCGGCGAGCACUCGCUGCGCGCGUUCGAGUACGACUCGUUGCCUGGCUGGCUCUCGAAGCUCUCGCAGGUGGCGCCGUGGAAUGGGGCGGAGUGGGCCGACGCCGCGUACGCGAGGGGGAGGCGCGACGCGGAGACGAACCGCCUCGAGCUGCGAAGGAGGAUUCUGUCCUUCCUGCGCUCGUAGCGGGUACAGUUGUCCCUCCGUCACGCGCUCGCUCCAGCCGCGGCAUGUCCAUGUGCGUUUUUCUGUGGUGCGUUUGUUCAUUGUUGGCGUGUCCCCGCUGCACGCUUUCACGUUCCUUUGUGACUUGUACAUAAAGCUACGACGUCG